UAACAAGCUCACAUGCUAGCUAUAUAGUAGUACACAGCAAAACUAAAACGAGAUCUUAAUGGAUUUUACGUUAAACGAAUAAAUCAUUUAAAAGAGUCGGGUCGUUGUGAAGCUACUUGGCAAUGCCAGUAGAAGGUAACAAGGACCAGGCCCUGGCUCCUCUGUCCAGCCCGGUCAGUGCCCUUACUCCUGGAGUCCAACAAGACAAUGGCCUUUCCAUCCCGGGAAGCAGUAAGGAAGAGCCAGCGGCUACAUGUCCGGAGAAUGUUGGUUCACAGAAUCCUAGGAAAUCACAGGCCCUGCUCCUGAUCAACCGUCAGGAGAUCCGGUCAGUAGACUUCAACUCUCAGGCUGCUGAACUGCAGGGAUUGGGAGUGGAUGUGUACGACCAAGAUGUUCUCGAGCAAGGUGUGUUGCAGCAGGUGGAUAAGGCCAUUCAGGAGGCCAACCAGGCUGCGGCUAAAGCUGAGGCUGAGAAAGAAUAUGAAUACGUACUGGAUGACGUCAGGUCAUGUACAACUGCUUUGAAACACAUCAACAAAAUUUUAGAGCAGUUAACCCCUCAUGCUGCCUCUAGCAAGGACAUCAAACCAGGCCCAUCCACCUUGGGCAGCAUGCUUAUGCCAGCUCAGGAGUCCGGGUGGGAAGAGCUCAUCCGCACAGGUCACAUGACCCCCUUCGGUUCACGGAUCCCUCAGAAGCAUGAGAAGAAAGAGCCUCGAAAGAUUAUGCUCAGUGAGAACUCCGGAUUCGACAAGUACCUUGCUGACCAAGCCAUGUUAGCGGAUAGCAGAAAGAGACCCAUCUUAAAGAAAAAGAUUACUAAGAAGAACUCAGCACGGACCACGGAUGGCAAAGUGCAAAAGAACAAAUCCCUCUCCAGCAAAGAUAAGAAGCUCCAAAAGCAUAUGCGUAAACUCCAGAGGACUGCUCUGAAGGCUCACCCCAAAGCCUUGCCUAAGGUGGAGAAGGAGCCACCCCGAGCCAGGAGGAGGAAAGGCGAUGGAGAGCAGAUGUCCGACAGCGAGGGUUCAGAGUACGUCCCGAAUGAUGAGCUGAUGGAUCCUGAGGAACCAGAGAGAGAUGAUGAUGAGUUCUGGGUGGAUGAAGAUGAAGAAUACCAACUUAAACCAUACAAGAAGGAGGACCAGGCCAAAACCAGGAAGCCCAAGAAGGAGGAUGAGAGCGAUGAGUACAUUCCUAGCAGCUCAGAGGAUGAAGACUCACAGAAAGGCAAAAAAGUCAAAAAAUGUAAAGAUGAUGGAGAUUUUGAGUAUUACAGGCAAAGGAUUAGGAAGUGGAAAAGGCAAAGACUUCGUGAAAAAGAGGCGAAGAGAGAAGCAGGAGAGGAUGAGUCCGAGGAGAGUGACGCAGAGUUUGAUGAAGGAUUUAAAAUGCCUGGUUUCCUCUGGAAGAAACUCUUUAAGUAUCAGCAGACAGGUGUCAGGUGGAUGUGGGAACUGCACUGCCAGCAAGCAGGAGGUAUUCUGGGAGACGAGAUGGGCCUGGGCAAGACCAUCCAGAUAAUUGCCUUCCUGGCAGGCCUGAGCUACAGCAAGCUAAAAACACGUGGCUCCAAUUACAGGUAUGCUGGAUUGGGGCCCACGGUCAUUGUGUGCCCGGCUACAGUCAUGCAUCAGUGGGUGAAGGAGUUCCACACUUGGUGGCCUCCAUUCCGUGUUGCUGUCCUCCAUGACACGGGCUCCUUCACCAGCAAAAAGGAGAAGCUCAUCCCGGAAAUAGUGGCGAGUCACGGCAUCCUCAUCACUUCCUACUCAUACAUCCGUAUUAUGCAAGAUUACAUCCAGAAGUACGACUGGCAUUACGUCAUCCUGGAUGAGGGCCACAAAAUUAGGAACCCCAAUGCUGGGGUUACUAUGGCAUGCAAGCAGUUCCGGACACCCCACUGUUUUAUCCUCUCUGGCUCACCCAUGCAGAACAACCUCAAAGAGCUGUGGUCGCUUUUUGACUUCGUGUUUCCAGGGAAGCUGGGGACUCUGGCCAUCUUCCUGGAGCAGUUCUCCGUGCCCAUUACCAUGGGAGGAUACGCUAAUGCGUCUCCAGUGCAGGUCCAGACAGCCUAUAAAUGUGCUUGUGUUCUUCGUGACACGAUUAACCCUUACCUGCUGAGAAGAAUGAAGGCUGAUGUGAAAGCAAACCUCUCGUUACCUAACAAAAAUGAACAGGUCCUGUUCUGCAGAUUAACAGAAGAUCAGCGGCAGGUUUACCAGAAUUUUCUGGACUCCAAGGAGGUUUAUCAGAUUCUGAAUGGAGACAUGCGGGUUUUCUCAGGCCUCAUAGCUCUGAGGAAGAUCUGCAACCACCCGGAUCUGUUCACAGGAGGGCCCCGGUUGCUCCGGGGCAUCCCUGAUGAGCAGCUGACUGAGGAGGAGCACUUCGGCUACUGGAAACGCUCUGGGAAGAUGAUUGUGGUGGAGUCACUGCUGCGCCUGUGGUUCAAACAGGGACACCGAGUUUUGCUUUUCACCCAAUCCAGGCAGAUGCUGGAGAUCUUGGAGGUGUUCGUGAGGGAGAAUGGCUUCUCGUAUCUCAAAAUGGACGGCACUACUACCAUUGGGUCCAGACAGCCUCUGAUCACUCAGUACAACCAAAACAAAGACAUCUUCAUCUUCCUUCUGACAACAAGAGUUGGAGGUUUGGGAGUUAAUUUGACUGGAGCCAAUAGGGUUGUAAUCUACGACCCAGACUGGAACCCCAGCACGGACAUUCAGGCUCGUGAGCGUGCCUGGAGGAUUGGGCAGAAGCAGCAGGUGACGGUUUACAGGCUGCUGACAGCUGGAACAAUUGAGGAGAAGAUUUACCACAGACAAAUCUUCAAACAGUUUCUCACCAACCGAGUGCUAAAAGAUCCUAAGCAGAGGCGGUUUUUCAAGUCUAAUGACAUUUAUGAACUUUUCACGCUGAGCAAUCCUGACGGCUCCCAGGGAACAGAAACCAGCGCAAUAUUUGCAGGCACAGGGUCAGAUGUGCAGGUUCCAAAAAGACACAAGACCUCCUGUCCUUCUCAGGGAACCUCCAGACCAUCAUCGUCUACUUCAUCUGCAUUUUGUGUUGACGACCAAGAUAACACAUCUCUGUCAGGAAGCAGAAACGCUACCUCAGCCAAUGGUCUCUCAAACACCAAUGCUUCUGGGUUGCAGAGCAAUAGACUUGAACCUCAUUCCACUGCUGAUCGUUUGACAAACAGCAUUAGUAAAGAUCAUUCUUCUGCGAACAGCCCUCAAAAGCACAGAGAGAAGAAAAAGCACUGUGAAACGCCAGAAAAGGACACUUUAUCCUCAGACAGACACAAGCGCAAGCAUAAAAACCGCAAGCACUCUGAAGAUGCUAAGUUUGAAGGCUGUCGCAUUUCUCACCUGGUGAAGAAACGGAGGUACAAGAAAGAGGAAAAUGAGAAAGAGGAGCAGGAAAAAAAUGAGAAAAAGAGUGACGAUUAUGUUCUAGCCAAACUCUUUAAAAAAUCAGGGAUCCACAGCGUCAUGAAGCACGACACCAUCAUGGAGGCAUCGAACCCGGAUUAUGUACUUGUGGAAGCCGAAGCCAAUAGGGUUGCGAAGGAUGCACUGAGAGCUCUGAAGAUCUCCAGACAAAACUGCAGGCUUUCUUUCUCAAGAGGGUCAACAACAGCAACCCCACCUCCAGUCAAGAGGUUUGGGCAUAAGAAAAACUCACUUCUGUCUCAGUCGUCUGGGACAAUGGCAAAAGCAGCAGAGAAAUGCAAGGAUGCAGAUAUUACAAAGUCAGUUGUAAAGAAACCAGGAUCUGCUGCUCACUUCAGUGGUGAAGGAGCGCAGGAGGAGUCUGGUUCUCUCUCCUCAUCUUCUCUCCUUGCUAGAAUGAGGGCCAGGAAUCAUCUCAAUCAACCCCAGAGACAAGAGGAUGAGGAAGAGGGAGAGAGAGAGUCUGCUGCCGUGAAUGCUACCCCUACAGAACACGAUGAGCUUCUGGUUGACCUGAGGAACUUUGUGGCCUUCCAAGCUCAGGUGGAUGGCCAGGCGAGCACCAAGGAGAUCCUGGAGUGCUUCACCCCGAGACUCACAUCCACACAAACACCAGUGUUCAGAGAACUGCUGAGGAAUAUUUGUGAGUUCCAUAGACUUCCUGGACAGGAAGGGAUGUGGAAGCUUAAAGCUGACUACAGGUAGACGGACCAGAGCAUAUUAAAAACUAUUAACUGAGAAGCUCCAAAUGGAAUAUAUACCUCACACUUGGGAACAGGUGAUCCGAGGCAUCAGUUAUUUUAAGAUUACAAAAUGUGUAAAUGCAAUUCAUUUCAAUAAACCUCCUAGAACUUUCCAGGUUGCCUGCAAAAAGUACAAAAGAAUUGUAUUGGCCCUAUUAUUGUAAAACACUCCUAUUGUAUGAAAAAAAUGUGAUGUCAUCCUAUUGUUGGUUUUUGUAAAAUUCCUGGAAAUUACUUGAACUUGGAAAUCUCUUGAAAAUGUGUUAUUCAUGCAAUUAUUGUUGA